AUCGUCGGGUUAAAAUUUGUUGAUCCUCCUCCUUCACGUGAUAAUGUAGAGGUUGAAUCAUGUUCUAAUGAAGAGAAAUCGAAUUGGAAGCAACGAAACAAGGAGGAUUCAAAUCUAGGUAAAAUUUUGAGUUCUCGCUUAAAAAAUUCAAAAUUUCAAUCUCCCGCCCAAACGGUUGCUAAGGCCGGCAAUCCUUCUACUCGUGCUCGGACCCUUUCUCGAGCAUAA